AGGGGAGGAAGUUGCCUUGUACUGUGCCAAGUAUCUUCCUGAUAUCAUCAAAGAUCAAAAGGCUUACAAGGAAGGCAAGCUGCAGAAGGCUUUAGAAGAUGCCUUCUUAGCUAUUGAUGCCAAACUGACCACUGAGGAAGUCAUUAAAGAGCUGGCACAGAUUGCAGGGCGACCCACUGAGGAUGAAGAUGAAAAAGAAAAAGUAGCUGAUGAAGAUGAUGUGGACAAUGAGGAGGCUGCACUGUUGCAUGAAGAGGCUACCAUGACUAUUGAAGAACUGCUGACACGCUACGGGCAGAACUGUCACAAGGGCCCUCCCCACAACAAAUCUGGAGCUGGGACAGGCGAGGAACCAGGGUCCCAGGGCCUCAAUGGGGAGGCAGGACCUGAGGACCCAUCUAGCGGAACUCCUUCACAAGAAAAUGGCCCCACAGCCAAGGCCCCCACAGGCCUUUCCUCUAACUUGGAACGUGGGACUGAGGCAGGCCAAGUUGGUGAGCCUGUCACUCCCACUGGUGAGGCUGGGCCUUCCUGCUCUUCAGCCUCUGACAAGCUGCCUCGAGUUGCUAAGUCCAAGUUCUUUGAGGACAGUGAGGAUGAGUCAGAUGAGGCAGAGGAGGAAGAGGAAGACAGUGAGGAAUGCAGUGAAGAAGAGGAUGGCUACAGCAGCGAGGAGGUAGAGAAUGAGGAAGAUGAGGAUGAUACUGAAGAGGCUGAAGAGGAGGAUGAAGAAGAAGAAGAAAUGAUGGUGCCUGGGAUGGAAGGCAAAGAGGAGCCUGGCUCUGACAGUGGUACAACAGCGGUGGUGGCUCUGAUAAGAGGGAAGCAGUUGAUUGUAGCCAAUGCAGGAGACUCUCGCUGUGUGGUGUCUGAGGCUGGCAAAGCUUUAGACAUGUCCUAUGAUCACAAACCAGAGGAUGAAGUAGAGCUAGCACGCAUCAAGAAUGCUGGUGGCAAGGUCACCAUGGAUGGGAGAGUCAAUGGGGGCCUCAACCUCUCCAGAGCCAUUGGAGAUCACUUCUAUAAGAGAAACAAGAACCUGCCACCUGAGGAACAGAUGAUUUCAGCCCUUCCUGACAUCAAGGUGCUGACUCUCACUGAUGACCAUGAAUUCAUGGUCAUUGCUUGUGAUGGCAUCUGGAAUGUGAUGAGCAGCCAGGAAGUUGUAGACUUUAUUCAAUCAAAGAUCAGCCAGCGUGAUGAAAAUGGGGAGCUUCGGUUAUUAUCAUCCAUCGUGGAAGAGCUGCUGGAUCAGUGCUUGGCACCAGACACUUCUGGGGAUGGUACAGGGUGUGACAACAUGACCUGCAUCAUCAUUUGCUUCAAGCCACGGAACACACCAGAGCUCCAGCCAGAGAGUGGCAAACGGAAACUAGAGGAAGUACUCUCUAAUGAGGGUGCUGAAGAAAAUGGCAACAGCGACAAGAAGAAGGCCAAGCGGGACUAGCAGUUAUCCAGACCCCUGCCCACCUAGACUGUUUCUGAGCCCUCCGGACCUGAGACUGAGUUUUGUCUUUUUCCUUUAGCCUUAGCAGUGGGUAUGAGGUGCGCAGGGGGAGCUGGGUGGCUUUAUUCAGCCCAUUCCAAAGAGGGCUAUCCCUCCACACAGCAGCCUGGGAGCCUCUGCAGUCUUUCCCAACCUCUUCCGUGCUCCUUGGGCUCAUCACCGGUUCUGUGCCUGUGCUCUGUUGUGUUGGAGGGAAGGACUGGCGGUUCUGGUUUUUACUCUGUGAACACUUUAUUUAAGGACAUUCUUUUUUAUUGGCGGCUUCAUGGCCCCCAGCCGCUUGCACCCGCUCUCUGUUGUACACUUUCAAUCAACACUUUUUCAGACUAAAGGCCAAAACCUAAUUGU